AUGGCGCCGGUGGAGUUCAGCUCUCGGGGAGCCUCCUGGCUCUCGCGGUUCCUCUGGCUGGUGCUUGCUCUGCCGUGUACUCCGUCACUCGAUGGGAAGUGCGAGGUGGCUGACGGUGACUUGCCCAAGCCCGCGACUCUUCAGCGCGUGAUGGAUCCCCUCCCAUUUCUACAGAGUAAGACUCUCUUCCUCAUUGCCAAUGAACCCGUCCUCGAGAGCCACGUGGUCAGCAACCUUCUACACAACCUUCUCUACACGUUGCAAGUUCCAAACGGACACGUUCAGCUUCUCGAUGAGAUUCUCCUGUCGGAGCACGGAAAAUCCAGCUAUGCCGCCCUGCUGCCGUGGCUGCGGAGUGUCCACCAGGCGCUGCCCCCUGAAAUCGAGUUUAUCUGGCUGGGCACAGCAUACAGUCGCAUUGUCGGACCCUCCUUGGAAAAGCUGAUGACUCUCCUCGCGGACGAGGCGAAAGCGAGCGGCGAGGCAGCGCCGACAAGCAGUCAGUGGUAUCCGCACGGUCUCUGCAUUGGAUUCGGGUUGAGAGACCAAGUGUUGUCCAUCGCACACCACUUUUACCACGACGAAGCGUUUCUGUAUCCGUUUUUGGAUGCGGGGCUUCUCAUGGAUCGGCGCUUCUUGACGUUCCUGGAUCAGACGAUCGAAGAAGAAGGCAAGAAACUGUCGGCGCGCAUCGAGAUCGACCCGCUUCACGAACUGUUCAAGUUCCUCUAUGAAACCCGCGGCUUCCUCGUGCAGCACUCUCCGCUAUUCUGUCCGGCUUCGCCGAUUCCCCGCGAUUUCGAUCGCGCAGAAGACAUCUAUCCACCCCCGCAUCAGAGACUACGGCCUUCAGAACAGGGCCUGCGCGGCAAUGAUGAAGAGCAAGACGCGGGAGGCGCGCACAAGCAGGGCACCGCGAAAGGCAUGGCGGGCAGCAGAAGGAGCCCCGUAGUUUCGCGGGCGGAGAAGAACGAAAUCGAAGGGUGCGUGUCGUUCGCCGUCGGAUGCAGACACUCCCCGAUCCUCUCACACCAGUUUUUCGAUAGGCUGCUUGCAUUCGAGCAGGAUCUUCUCGACCGCAAGGAGGCCUUGGUGGAGCAGUACCCCAUCGACGCGGACGCGGAUGAGAACAGCGAACUGCGAGCCAAAGAGGAGGUCCUCCUGAAGGAGCGCCCGGUCUUCAUUGCUGAGCCAGAAGACGUCCUCAUCGCUGUCAAGACGCACCCGAAGAACCACACGACGCGUGUCCCGCUCCUGAAGAAGCUCUGGGCUGCGCCCGACGUCGUCCUGGAAAUGGCUCAGCGGCGCGCGAAGGCCGGGAGGCACUCGCACCCGUUUGAAGCCGCGGUCGCGGAGCGUGAGCACGCGAGUCUCGAGCAGCACAUGCGCAACAUCGCGAUUGAGUUCUACUCCGAGGAAGCUGAAGACAGCAGCGCGGCCGCGUCUCCUGCAGACAUGGUCACUGUCCAGGUGUCGUCCCCUGGAGAGAAGAGGGCGCUGUGCGAGAAGCUCCGCGCGAUUCUGAAGCACUUUUACGAGCGCCACCCCACGCGCAGGUUCCUUGUGAUCGUCGAUGAUGACACGCUUGUGAACGUCCGCCAUCUGCUCGAUGCGAUUUCGAUGACGCUGCACCCGCCAGUUCCAGCGCGCGCGUACUUCCGGGAGGCGCUGUCUGACCAAAACGGCAUUCGCCGAGCGCAUGCCCCGUACCGGGCGCUCGCCAGCGAUAUUGAAGCGUUCCUGAGUGACUGGGAAGCCAGGCACGCGGUGGAGGAGUCGCGGGCGGAUGCGUCCAGCGGACAGGAAGGCAGUGCAGGAGGGCCGCAGACGGGCAAGUCAGACAGCGAGAAGAAAUCCGAAACUUCUAGAAAUGACAGUCCCGCGCCGCCUUCGCUGUCGUUCAUUUCGAAGGCGUAUGUGAAGGGUCACGCGGCAGGCGAGGCUGGCAGCGGCGGCGGCCAGAAAAGUCUUUCGCGCGUGGUAGAUCGCGUCUCCCCGCUGUAUCUGGGGCAGCGGUAUUCAUUCGGGCACACGGACAGUGGGCAUUCUGGCGGACGUGGAUACGACUACAUUACCAUGGGCGGCGGCGUGGUUCUAGAUCGCGAGGCUGUUCAGGCGAUUUUGGAGUGCGAAACGUGUCAGUGCCCGUCCGAGGGCGCCGCGGACGACAUGAUUUUGGGGUUGUGGAUGCACCAGCUGAAGAUUCCUGCACUGCACAGCCGUUGGUUCCACCAGGAGCGACCUGCCGACUAUCACCCUGAACACGUUCGAGCGACUACGCCCGUGAGUUUCCAUCGGAUGGAAAAAGAAGAGGCUGCGACGAAGAAGCUCUUCGACAAGUUUGUGGACAUUGGCGAUGGGAUGAACCUGGGCGCUGAAGACCUGGAUGACUUCGACGCCGUUGACUGGAUCGACCUGGACUGGCAGCAAAUCGAGGACGUGCUGUGGAGUGACCACGACGGCGGCGACGACCUCGACGAUGAAAACGAUGACGAGCUCAGUCUCCAUUCAAUCGUGAAACGGGUCGUGGAAGAGGGGAAAAGACAGGGAAAACAGAAUAUGUCGCCCGCCGACAUAGCAGAUCACAUUGAAAAGGAAGUCAAGGAAGACGAGGAACGACGAAAUGGCGACGACGAGGAUUGGAGUUGGCUCCAUGAUGAGUUGUGA